GACGACGUCGACAGAAAACACUUGUUAGAAGUCAACGAGUGACUACGCAAGUGUAAAGAGUGCGGAUUUGAGCACGUACUUCUUCUGAAUGGGCUUUUUCCUCCUCUUCACCGCGUAGACGCCAACAUUUCCCUGCAUGGUGGCGCUCGGGAGGAAAUGAAAGUGCAGAGAUGGCUUCUGGGCCCGCGCCAGUGGCAGCUGUUGUCAAGCCAGUGAGACUUUGAUUGAGGCGGGCAGGAGUUAAUGAGUAACGCAGCGGAGGUGCAACCCUCAGCAGUCGAGUCACAAGAAGCAGCAAAGAUCACUGCUUGCCAAUUUUAGUUUUGGAUAUUAACCCGCAAGUGGCGUCACGAUGGCUGACCCGAACGUCCCGUCGUCCGGCUCCGCUUCUAAGCUGGAGCACGUGCAAGGUCAAGUGAACGAGGUGAAGGUCAUUCUGAAGGACAACAUCGACAAGGUUUUGGAGCGAGGAGACCGGCUGGACGACUUGAUCGGCAAGACCGGAGACCUGCAGGCCUCUGCCGACUCCUUCCAGAGAACCUCCACGCGGGUGGCCAGGAAGUACUGGUGGAGAAACAUCAAAAUGCUGGUCAUCAUUGGCGUGAUCGUGCUGAUCGUCCUCAUCCUCAUCAUCUUGGCUUCCACCAAAGUCAUCUAAUCGCUGCACGCGGCCAUUUUGGAUGAAUUGAAAGGCAACGAGGGGAAGCCUGUUUGAGAAGAAUUGAGCAAUUUAAUCAAAGACGCCUGCGUAUGCAGCUGAAGGUCCAUGUACGUGUAUGCCGGGGUUUUUUUUGGGGGGGGGGGGGGGGUUCCUCACGAGUAAGGUACACGCGCAACCGACUUCUGCAUUCAGCAAAACAAGUGAAAACACUUCCUUCCGGCACACGUAAAUGGCGAAAGCCCGGUGAGGCCGACUGGAACAAAGAUGAACGUAAAAGAAGUGCAAACGUCUUCCUCUAACUCGGUGCAUGAGUUCCAAAAAAGAAUACGGUACUAAUCUGAAUAGUGACAUUAAGAAUGGAAGCCAAUGCGGUUACAUUAAUCGGACCUUUUAUUGAACAUGAGCUGAUCAAAACAAUACACUGCAAUCAUUUGCACUCUCAGCGCAAAUCAAGUGUCAAAACACAUCGUCAAAAGCCAUUCCUGACCGUCUCGCAAACGAGCCAAAACUUUUAGACACGGGCCUUUAAGCUUGUUUUGAUGGGAUCUGGUGGGACGGGAGAAGUCACAUGAAUUGAUUGGGGGGAGUGGCGGGGGCAUAUUAAAAGAAUCGAUUUCUGAAUCACUUUGAAAAGGAAAAUCCAUUUGAUUAUUAUUACAUUUUUUUGGGGGCGGGGGCGCUCUAAUUACUAGUACGACAGUCUUACAAGCUAACGAUUCAACACUGCCUCUCACUGGUGAUUUCUUUGGGGACCAUGUCCAGCCUACAAAAGUAUGUCAUCAGACCAAACUAGUCCACGUCUGUGCUUGUAACACUGCAAGGCCCAACGAGCAAGCAGGGCCCACAUGCGAGCAGCCUCCUUGCCCCCCCCCCUCCCAAAAAGCCACAAGUAAGACAGAAUUCCAAAAACCACGUACUACGAUGCUCUCUGGCUGCACUUGUUAGUUAAGGACACGAAGGACAAAGCGUAGACUAGUCCAUGGACUUCAAGCUGGAUAUGGAAUAAAUGCUCAUAGAAAUGGUUGGCAUCACACUCCCCCACCCCCACAAAAAUAAUCAUUUUAUUGUUUCCUCACGCUUACAUUGAAUACAUUUUGUGUGUGUAUAUAUACCAAUGUUGUAUAGGGCUAAUAGAAUGUGAUAAAUGUGCAUCUGCAUUUGUAAAUAAGUGUCGACCUAAUCAUAAAGCCUUAAAAAAAAACGGAUAAAGGGGCUAAAACUCCCCUUAAAUGCAGGCAAAAAUCAAACCAGGGGCGG